AUGACUGUAGUGCAACUAGAGAAAGGCGCAGAGCUUGAAAUGGUGUACCUCGAAACUGGCAGGCCAAAUUCCAGUCAAGACAAGCGCCAGCGAGACCAUAAAAAAUUAAUACGAUUUUCUAAAGAUUCUAUCGACACUACUAGAAAAAUAUCAAAGCUUAAAAGGUUAGAUGGUAAAGGAUUUCUUAAAUCUUUAGAUACCGAAAUCCUUGCUCAAGAAGAUGGUGUCCUAAACACCCACAGCAAAAGGACAGGUGAUCUUCAGAAAUUAGA